GACCAUUGGCCUAACUGUUUCGAGGCCCAACUCGUAUUCAUUCCCCCAAACCCAUAAUUUUCAAACACAAGCAAAAAAUCCAAAUCGAAUCUCCCAAAGUAGUUAACGUAAUCACACCAUCUCCGAUAAUUAACACAAAUACAGAGAAUAAUCUUUUCAAAAUUUGCAGAAAAAUCAAAACAGAAAAACCCUUUCAUAUUUCCUCACUUUUCCCACUCUCCACCGUUACCAUAUAAAUAUGGCGACGGGGAAACCAAAAGAUCAUUUCAUUCAGUAAAGAAAUAAAAAAAAAAUAUAUGGGUGGGAAAAUGUUGAGUUUAGCCACCAUUGCUCCUCUCUUCCUUCUUCUCGCCUUUGUUGGUGCCGCCAUUGCCGAUUUCAACUACGACGCCUAUUCAUAUCCUAAGGUGUUCGAUGUCCGUCGCUACGGAGCAAAGCCCGACGGCAAGUCAGACUCCAGCGAGGCAUUUUUGGCUGCGUGGAACGACGCUUGUCAGUACGAAGGGAAGGCGAGGGUGGUGGUGCCACCAGGGGAGUACGUGACGGACACGAUCUUGUUUUUGGGCCCUUGCAAAGGGUCGAUGGGGUUCAUAAUGAAAGGGCGGCUGACGCCGCCUGACAGGCUGAGCCACUCCGAUGAGUGGAUCACGUUUAGGUAUGUGAACGGGUUGUUGGUUUCCGGCCAUGGCACGUUCGACGGCAAGGGUUACGUUGCUCCCACUCCCAAACCUCCGGCCAUUUCGCUGCGGUUCGAGUUCAUAAACGACGCCGUGAUCAGCCACAUCCGCUCCCUCAACAGCCGCAACGCCCACUUCCAGCUCUUCGGCAGCAAUAAAAUCCGGAUGCACAACCUCCUCAUCCGCGCCCCGGGCAACAGCCCCAACACCGACGGCAUCAAGAUCGGCGCCUCCACCGACGUCCACGUCACCAACUCCGUCAUCGGCACCGGCGACGACUGCAUCUCCAUCCUGGGAAAAAGCUCCGACAUCUACGUGUCCCAGGUCCUCUGCGGGCCCGGACACGGCAUCAGCGUCGGAAGCAUGGGGUUCUACGACAACAACGCGGAAAACGACGUCGUCACGGACGUCACGGUGACGGACUGCACCUUCCGCGGGACGUCUGACGGCGUCAGGAUCAAGACGUGGGCCACGGCUAACGCCGGCCUGGUCCGUAACUUGACGUUUAGUAACAUCCAUCUCGAUAGCGUGGAUAAUCCCAUUGUGAUUGAUCAGGAGUAUUGCCCUUACCCUCCUUGCAAGCAGGUGCCGUCGCGUAUUCGAAUCGAGGAUGUGACGUACGACAACGUAUGGGGGACGUCGAGGACGGCGGUGGCGGUGAAGCUGAACUGCAGCAAGAUGUACGGGUGCAAGGGUUUGGUGUUGAGGGACAUAAACAUGGUUCAGAAGAAUGGGCUCGAUGCGGUGUCGUUUUGCUCUCACGCCGUUGGUGCGACUCACGGCGUGCAGAAACCGUCGCCUUGCUUGUAGGGCAGGGGUCAGGCUUCUGUUUUUAGAUUCUGAAUCUUUUUUGUUUUAGAGUGAUCAUUAGUUGAUCCCAAUUAAGAAUUUGAUUAAGCAGCCAUUAGAGAGUUAAUUACAUUCUACUUCGAAUAAAGACGGUGAGGUUGAGAGGUGGUCGACAAAUGUAAUGCAGCGACCCUUUGAAGCCAAUUAUUCAUUAAUUAAGGUCUUGUUGGAGU